GCAGAAGCACUUGUGUGGGAUAAUGAUGUAUCAGCUCAUGCCCAGACUGUUGCCAAGGCCAAAUAUGAAUUUUUGUUUGGCUUGGAAGAAGAGAAGCCUUCAGAAACGAGUAACCAUGGAAGCAGCACUUUGCUCCCUCAUACCAUCAUCAAUGAAUUUCCAGAGUACGGCACCGUAGAGCCAAGCGGAGAUGUGCCGAGGGCUUCAUCGCCUCACCAGACAGAGCCUGUGGCACACAGUCCAGAACAACAGGACAGUCACCACCGGGUACCUGUCAGGCCCUUUUGUCAGCAUGCUGCUCCUGCAGAGAAUUUGAGACCUGAUGCUGGGACAGAGCAGCUGCAUGCCCCAGGAGAAAGUUUGCAACCCGUAGGUAACCUGACAGAGAUUAUGAAAUUCUCUCAACGGCUGGAAGCAACAAAGGUGCAAGAGAGAGCAAACACUUCUCUUGAUUCAGAGAUGCAAAUGGAAAAAAAGAACGUUACUGGCAGCCAAAGUGGGCAGGCAGUCAGAGAACCAGUUCCAGCAGGCCAAGAAAAACGCUCAGACAUGCCUCUUCCAUCUGAACGAACAACUGAGGAAAAAAUGCAUUUGAUUGUAGAGAAAGAUCUGGUUCCAAUAUGGACUGGAGAAAUGCAGUCUGAAUCCUUGCAAGCCAUCAGUAAUAAAGCUGAGGAGGUCCACACAGCACAGGAAACAAGCUGUCAUGGACCAUCUGUGACAAACCUGGAAGCAGCCAGCAGAGUGGAGGGGUGGGCACAUUUAGAGGAGUUUUCAGCAUAUAGUCAAGGCAAAAUGCCAAUGGGUCCUGAGAGGAGGCUCUCUAAAGAGGCAGCUGUGAGUAAACAUGUAGAAUUUCAAGGGGUGGAGAUUUUAUGGCUGCAAAAAGCCAAAGAGCAGAGAAGAAAGAAGCAUUCACUGCUGGAGACGGUGUCCGUGGAGCGGAAAACUUUCCUGAAAACGUCCAGCCACCCUACACCACCAAUGGUCUCACCAGGCACGGUUUCUUCACUGGACAGCAUUUGGAGUGAGAUCUGUGAGGACCCAAAGCUGGGACCUGCUGCCUCUGGAGCUACUCCUCUGGCACAGCUCAAUGAAAGUGGGGAGGAUGAAGUUUUUGUGAAGGACAAGAAGAACUAUGGCGAGGAGGAGACAGCUGAGCUAGUGAGAGGCCAGGGCAGGAUGAUGGAGGAGGGGGAAGCAGUCUCAGGAGGAUAUGAAGAUGUCCUUGGGCAGAGGCACUCUGACAUCUCCACUGAUCUGUACAGCUCACAGUUCGAAAACAUCCUAGACAAUGCAUCUUUGUACUACAGCGCGGAGUCUCUGGAGACGUUAUACUCGGAGCCCGAUAGCUACUUCAGCUUUGAGAUGCCACUCACUCCCAUGAUCCAGCAGCGCAUGAAGGAGGGCAGCCAGUUUUUAGAUCGGACGUCAGCCUCGGGGCAGGCAGAUGUCCUGCAGCUUCCCCCUGACAGGGAGGUGAAGGCCUACGGUGAAGGCGUCGCCAAUGGCUUAAGGGAUGUAAGCGAAACACUCUUCAGAGGAGAUGUCAUGGAAAUCCCUCAUUUGGAAAG